GAGGUUGGGCCAAUGGCUGAGGCAGCUGCUCCAUCUGCUGAGCGAAGAAUCAAUUGAUUGCUGCAGGAUCAUGAAGAGCUUCCAGCUGCAGACCGGAUAAGCCACCAUAGCACCUGCGAUAGCACCCGCGAUCCGCAUGGACUUGCCCGAUCAGUAUUCCUCCGCUCUUAUCACUGUGUCCGACUCCGGAGCUCUCAUCCGUAUAUAUUCCACGCAUUGCUGCUGCUGCUCCUGCUGCUGCUACUGCACUGUCACACAUCAUGCAGCUCCGCUUGGCUCUUCUGGGGGCCCUGGCCCUGCCCUGUGCCGCCCAUGUCGUGCACCGCGAUGAGGGACAAUGCAAGCAGACCACGGUUGCUAUUCUGGGUGGAGGGAUGGCUGGUAUUGCGGCUGCGCAAACGCUGCACAAUGCCUCCAUGGACGACUUUAUGAUCCUCGAGUACCGCGACACCAUCGGCGGUCGCGCCUGGCACGUGCCGUUUGGCCAGAAUGAAGAGGGCAAACCCUACAUUAUUGAGAUGGGCUGCAAUUGGGUCCAAGGACUAGGCGUCCCUGGGGGCCCGCAGAACCCUGUCUGGACACUGGCCCAAGUCUACAACCUCUCCACGGUGUAUUCCAACUACAGCAAUGUGUCCACCUACAACGAAAAUGGUUACAAAGACUACUCCUACCUGAUGGACCUCUACGACGACGCAUACGACACGGCUGCCGCCCACGCAGGCAUGAUCCUGCUCGACAACCUGCAAGACCAGACGGCCAAAACCGGCCUGGCCAUGGCAGGCUGGCGACCCAAGGAGCACGACAUGGAAGCGCAGGCCGUGGACUGGUGGGAAUGGGACUUCGAGGACGCCUACACCCCCCUGGAAAGUUCCUUCGUCUUCGGCGUCGCCGGCACCAACCUCACCUCCAACGGCUUCAGCGACCAGGACAACUUCGUGAUUGACCAACGCGGCUUCAGCACCAUCAUCCACGGCAUGGCAUCCACCUUCCUCCGCCCCAACGACACCCGACUGUCCCUGAACACCCAAAUCACCAACAUCUCCUACAGCGACUCGGGCGUGACCAUCCACAACGCCGACGGCUCCUGCGUGCGCGCCGCCUACGCCAUCUGCACCUUCAGUCUGGGCGUGUUGCAAAACGACGCCGUCACCUUCACCCCCUCUCUCCCCCAAUGGAAGCAAGAAUCCAUCCAAGGCUUCACCAUGGCCACCUACACCAAAAUCUUCCUGCAAUUCAACGAAACCUUCUGGCCCACCGACACCCAAUACUUCCUCUACGCCGACCCCUACGCCCGCGGCUACUACCCACUCUUCCAAUCCCUUAGCACAGAGGGCUUCUUCCCGGGCUCCAACAUCAUCUUCGUCACCGUCACGGAACAAUACGCCUGGCGCGCGGAACGCCAAUCCGACGACCAAACCAAGUCGGAGAUCAUGGCCGUGCUCCGCAAGAUGUUCCCGGACAAGACCGUCCCGGACCCGAUUGACUUUCUGUACCCACGCUGGACCUCGGAGCCGUGGGCCUACGGCACGUACUCGAACUGGCCGCCCAGCGUGACGCUCGAGAUGCAUGAGAAUCUACGGGCCAAUACGGGUCGACUUUGGUUCGCGGGGGAAGCCACCAGUCCAACGUACUUUGGGUUCUUGCAUGGCGCGUGGUUCGAGGGGCAGGCGGCCGGAAAAGAGAUCAGUCGCAUUCUGAAUGGAACGUGUGCGGGUAAUUCCACUUGCGCGGGUCGGAAACAUUAUGCCACAUUGCAUGGCACGACCCCGUUGGCGGAUUAUAGUUUGGUGGAUGGGUGGAAUGGGAACAGUUUUUAUGAUUUCAAUACUGAUUAGGGUGCCACCUCCUCCCUGGCGAGGAUAUAUGAUGUACAGUGAACAUAUCGUGACUCUAAACGAGUACAUUCCCGAGUGAUCAUCAUAAA